UUUAUUUUCCGGAGGACCACAGAGCCGAUCAUGGCGACUCUCGGCGGCAGUCGUGGGGAUCGUCUCGGCAACACUAAUCAACAAAAGUCUUCUUUUGCAUCUCCGGAGAAAGUUCGUGAACUUCUCAAUGAAGGAGUCUCGUCAACAGCUCUCGGAUCCAACAGUGGACAAGGACAUUUGAAAACUCUGGAAGUAAAAAGCAACACUCAAGCACCUUGUGAGGCAACAAACAAAGAAGCCUUCUUCUCAAGAGUGGAAUCCUAUUCAUGUUUGAAAUGGGCUGGAAAACCCCGCACACUGUCCCCUCUGAUGUGUGCCAGAUAUGGCUGGAUCAAUGUCGGCUGUGAUAUGCUCAAGUGCUCCAGCUGCCAGGCUUUCCUUUGUGCAUCACUACAACCAACUUUAGACUUUGAAAAAUAUGGAUCCCGCAUUGCAGAGAUCUCAAGGCAGCUUCAGACACAGCAUGAGAAAUUUUGUCCCUGGCCUGACUUUCCAUGCCCAGAGCGUCUCUGGCUGGUUCCAGCCUCUGAACCAGCAGCGCUCCUCUCUGCCUUCUUAGAGCGCUUCCGGAGCACCUGUCAACUUUCACAGCAGCUGCCAGCCAUGAAGCUGGAGCAGCUGAAGUCUAUGUCUUUGACUGAGGAUGUUAUCAGUGUUAUACUGCAACUUAUCGAGGACGAGCAAAAAAGAAAGGGAACUUCUCCGUGCUCUGAAUCUUUGGCUGUCCAGGUGGCUGCAUGCAUUGUGUCUCUCUGUGGCUGGGCUGCAAGCCCAGCUCUGCAUGCCAUGAACCUGCCCAUCCUCACCUGCUCAUACUGCAUGCGCAAGGUGGGCUUGUGGAACUUCCAGCAGAUGGAGGUAAUGGGAGGCGAUGGAGAUGCCUCACCAAACACUGUAGGCCCCCCUGCUCCAGCAACAGCUCCUGCCCCAGCAGCCACGCAUGAGGGCCAGGGGGACCAGCCUGCUUCUGCCUCAUCCACCCCUGCUGCAACUCCAUGUCGCAUGAAGCUGAGGAGCCAGGACUCCACGCGCUCUGAACAGGGAGAGGGAACCUCGUCCCCUGUGUCUUUGCGUGCCCGAAGCAGAGACACACCGAGCCCCAGUGAAGAGCCGCCGAGCCCUUUUCCCAGGGGCAAAAGGUCUGCAACUCGCGGUAGAGGACAGGGGGACAACUCCGGGGCUGAUGGCGCUGCCAGCCUGCAUCACCCUCCAAAACGCCUGUGCCUCUCAUCAGUUGGCGGUCAUGAUGAGCUCCUGCACAGGAAUACAUUCGACCCCCUCGCUCAGCACAGAGACUGGUGUCCCUGGAUCUCUGUGGGAAAGGAGAAUGUGGAUCCAGGGACGGUCCCCUUCUUGACUGGAGACUCAGCGCUUCAUCAGCAGGGCUGGAAAGCUGCUCUCGACCUCCUCAUGCCUGCGAAGAAGAACUCCAAUACAGCAGCAGGCAGUCCAGGACAGGGCCCUCGAGACAAAUCUAAAAGGGUUUUUGAUAUAUUCCGUCAGUGGCAGGUAUCCUCUCCGUCUCAGUAGACUGUUUCCAUCCAAACAGCAUCACAACACUGAAUUGAUGAACUGACCUGCCCUCUCUUUUGUGGUACAGAGUCCGUAGUACCAAUGACAGGAGUGUCAUAUCAUAUCGAUGUAUGCCAUCCCUUAAAAGUCGUGUUUACAGUCAAAGUGUUUCAGGAGGGAUAGGGAGUUGAUUGUGUCUCUAGGCAAAUGAAUGAGUGUCUUUUCUGUGAACAGUGAAAUAUGUGAAGGAUGCCUGUGAGGCUUUAAAACCUUUCAAUUUCAUGAAAAGUGGGAUGUGCAGAUAUCGGGCCUCUACGGGCCCGGUACCGUUUAUACGUAAGUAGUAGUAGAACACAUCUCAGCAUAUAAAUUGGUCACAAACCAGGCAUUAACUAUUAACCUCACAUGAAGUCUGCUUCGGUAGUCCUUCAUGACAUCAUAAUAGCCUGGUUUUCUGUGGAAUACAAGAGACAGAAAACCGUGAGAAAGGGCCAAAUGGCUCGACACUGGAAAGGCAAUGUUUACCUUCAAUGUAUGUUGAGUCAUUUGAGGGAGUGGUCAAUUUUUAACCUCAGAUUAGCAAAAAAAAACUGUGAGGAUGUAACUUUUGUGUGUGUACUGUUGUGCUCAAAAAGUAACGUGGAUAUGAGUUCUCUUUUGAAAAGAACAAUCUUUUUUGGAGUACUGAAAUUAAUUUCAAUCGAUCCUAAUUACUGCAGGCAGGUAGAACCAUGUGCCAUGAACUUUAAACCUGUUUUGAAUUAGAUUCAGGAUUUCUGUACUUCCUUUUUGCCUUCCUGUGAUGUCUCAUUGCAAAUGCAGUCCUCUCUAUCUUGCAUGUGAUUUUAUCUUCGUAGAGUUUCCUAUAAGGGUUUAAUAAAAUGCUCUUCUGAAA